AUGUCUGUGGGAGGCAACGUAGUAGCUGAUGAAGAAGUGGAUGCUGUUUCCAGUGGAGCUCUUGAAAAGUCCGCAGACGAUGUUAAUCAAGAUGUGGGAAUUGCAGCUGUGGAUGGACCAGCAGAGCUAGAAACUACGGAAACUUCUAUUGGUGAAGAAUUGUUUCGUUUCAAAGUUGUGGCUCCAAAUGCAGAUCCUUUUGAAUUACAACUGAAUUCCAGCGAGAUGUUUCAUGAAGUGAGCCAAGUGCUUCUUGAUCGGGAAUCCACCUGUCAUCGAACUUGUUUUAGCUUGCACCUUGAUGGAAAGCGUCUCGACAAUUUUACUGAAAUACGUUCUGUUGAAGAUGUCAAAGAUGGAGCUACUCUUCAUGUUGUUGAAGAUCCAUACACUUUGCGAGAGGUGCGUGUUCACAUUCGCCACCUUCGCGAACUAUUGCUUAGAAAUGGAACUGAGUUCUCGUUCGAGGCUGCUAAUGCUUUAGACGGUUUAUCGCUAACUUAUCUACCAUCUUUGAACCUUUUUGAAAAGCGGGGCGAGGGACGCUUGAUUGAACUUCCUCCUGACUACAUACAGCCAGGAUCAAAGGAACGCCCCUUGGGACCAUUGAUUCAAUCUCCAGCUAAGCCAUUACUGCCUUUUAUAAAUCUCUCGCUUUCUUCAUAUAAUCCUCCAAUUGGACCAAGGAAAUUGAAGGGUGAUCUGCUUUACAUCGAUGUGGAAACCGUUGAAAAACGUCGAGUUCAUAUAACGUCCUCGGUCAAAGGCUUUUACGUAAAUGCAAGUACGGAUGAGAUCUUUCGACCUACUCCUUCUACUCAACUCAAAACUGUGUACCAUAGUUUGGUUGAAUUGUUGUCUGCUGUAUCAACUGGUUUUCGCAAGGCGUACAGUGCACUUAUUCGACGCAGAGUGGACAAAAAUGUCUUGGAACGACUGCCGACCCCAUAUCCUGUAACAUCGUGGUUUGCAACUGUGCCAGAGUUCACUCAGGAUGGAUUGAGAGCUGAGGAAACCACACAACCACAUCGAGUUGGAUACGAGGAUCAGCUUCCUGGACAACUGCGCGAUUGGAAUGAAGAGCUGCAAACAACUCAUGAAAUGUCACGCAACACUAUACAAGAGCGAAUCAUUCGUGAUCGCUCAGUCUUCAAGAUCCACUCCGAUUUUGUGAGCGCCGCACUGAAGGGUGCCACUGCUGUUGUUGAUGGAAACGUGGUUUCAAUUAACCCAGCCGACGAUCCAAAAACCCACAUGUUUUUGUGGAAUGACAUUUUCUUCUCGCUUGGAUUUGAUGUUAAAGAUCAUUACAAAGAUAUUGGUGGCGAUGCUGCCGCUCAAGCUGGCACGGCGGCCGAUCUUCAGGGUGUACGCAUCUACUCGGCAUUAGAUGAUCCACGGCUUUGCACCUUGGGAAUGGCUGUCAUAGACUACAAAGGGUAUCGAGUGACUGCUCAAAGCAUCAUUCCCGGAAUUCUCGAGAAGGAUCAAGAACAAUCGGUUGUAUACGGUUCUAUUGACUUCGGCAAAACAGUUACAACCAGUGAUGCUUAUGAAAAACUUUUGUCGAAGACGGUGGAUGAAUUGAAGAUUUUGCCCCACGAAGUUAUCACAAAAGAUAAAGAUGGAAAAGAAAGCACCGUGAUGCUCUAUACAUCCUACGAAACAAAGGGAAUCGUUGGCAAUGAUUCACGAACAUAUGUGCUGGAUUUGCUUCGUACCAUGCCACCUGAUGUAAACUAUAUGGAAGAACCCACAUUGUCAGAUAACGUAAAGGAAAUGGGCUAUCCACGGAAGUUCCCUCAUAAACUGACAACGCUUCGUCAAGAACUUGUGGAAGCUUUUACUGACGCUCGCUACAUGCGCUUUAUUCAAGUUGCAGCUAUGCAUGUCAAAGAGUGUAAAUUCAGCGAGUCUUUGGAAGCCAACGAUGCCGAACGAGAAGAAACUGCGGUCUCCGACAAUCAAUUACCAAGCGAACAAGAGGCAUUGAAAAUUGUGGAUGAGGCCAUUCCUUCCAAAGAAGCUGCCGCUGCCAAUCAAAAGAGCUUGGAAGUUAUUGCUAAGGCUGCUGCUCAAGUUGGAUCGCUCUCUGAUAAAGUAUUCGAUAUUCGCUUCAAUCCGGAUUGCUUUGCACCAAAUGUUCAGCAUGCUCCAACGGAAGACCUAGAAAAACAACGGAAAAUUUUGAUUGAUGCAGGAGAGUUUCUUUUAAUCACCCAAAUUCCUUCGUUUAUCGACGAAUGUAUGAAUCAUGUUGUGACCCCUAUUGACGGUGAAUGUCUUUGUGAGCUUAUGCAUUCGAAGGGUAUUAAUGUACGCUAUUUGGGACAGCUUCUCAAGGACAAGAGAGUCGAUAAAAACUCCUAUCUCAGAAUCAUUAUUUCAUCUGAAAUCGUGCUUCGAUCUUUGAAGCACAUAAUACGAAAGAUUCUUCAGGAUGUCUCAAGUGAUCAAACGGGUCCAGCAGUUGCUCAUUUGUUAAACGCAUUUUUGGGUUCAGUUACCUUUGUUGUGAAAGAAGAAAAAGCAAAUAAGAAGACAAAACGUGGCUCGGGAGGGCGUCGAGGCGGCGAGUCGAAGUGGGCUGAUAUGAGCACAAAAGCACUAUGGUCGUCUAUCUGCUCAGAGGCGGAUUCAUAUUAUGGCUUCAAGUUUGAUCUUGCAACAGCCGAUGAAAUGUUUGAAGCUUUUGGUGUGCAAAAAGUGUCGCUUCUACGUCGGCUUUGCAAAAUUAUGGGAAUUCAACUUCAAGCUAAGGACUAUCAACUUGAAAAGAAACCAUUGCCUUUUUCUGAUGACGAUAUUCUCAAUAUGUAUCCAAUCUUCAGACACAAGAACCCUUGGGCUCGUGAUGCAAAGAAUCUAUAUGUUCGUGCACAAGCAGAAACGUCUCAUGGAAGACUUCGAGAGGCUUACGAUUACGUUGCCGAAUCGGUAAAUCUUAUGACGUCAGUCUACGGAGCUUUGCAUAGCGAGUUGGGACAAGCUAUGCGGCUGCUCGCUCGCCUUGCUUACCUUCUUGGAGAACCAACCGAAGCUUUAUCUCUCCAGUACAAAGCAACACUUAUUAGUGAAAGAUGCAAUGGAAUCGAUCAUGCUCUAACGAUUGUUGAAUAUAUCAACCUUGCUCAUUUCGCCUUUGCUAACCUAUACAUCACAGCGGCUUUGAAGCUCUUAUAUCGUGCAAGAUAUCUUCUGCUACUAGUGCAUGGUGAAAAUCACCCGUUAAUGGCUCAAAUUGAUGGUAAUCUGGGAACAGUCCUUUACGCUGUACAAGAAUACGAUAUGGCUGUGAAAUUUCUGACUGCGGCUGAUGUUCUUUCUACAGCACAAGGAGAAUCUAAGCGUUUGAAGGCUGCUCUGCUUUCCCAUAUGAUGGCUAGAGCUCAUUCAUGCCGGGGUGACUUCAGGGCAGCCCUUACUGCAGAGAAGGAAACUUAUGCUAUUUACCUGAAGCUUUUUGGUGCAAAGCAUGAGCGCACUCGGGAAAGUGGUGAUUGUUUGAAACAUCUCACUCAACAAGCUGUGGAGUUCCAGAAGCGGAUGCACGAGGCAGCAAAGGGAAAUGAAGUGCACAAGCUUCUUCCACUUCAAGCACCACCCCCAAUGCUUCCGGCUGUUCUCGAAGUCUUGAAUGCCUUGAAUGGAAUCAUCAUCAUUUCGUUCCCGGCUGCUACUGCACAAGCAGACGCUCCAGCUACAAACAGCAUGCCGAAUACCGCCCAAUCUGAUUCAAGUGUUCCAGCUCUUCAAGAAGAAGCCCUCGAU